AUGGUGUCCUGCGCUAUCCCCCAACAGGAACUGCCAUCCGUCGCCGCCCGCGACGGCCUCGUCGACUAUAUAGUCCGGACGGUGCGUCGCUCGACCACUUCUCCUUCUUUUCCCACGGUCAUACGCUCAUCUUCAGCUCGCGAGCCCGGUCAUCACCGCUCCGCUCCCCUGCCUCUCGGAAAUGACCGUCUCCACAAGGAGCGCUGCGCCCCCCUCGGCCUCCACUUACGUUCCUAUGAUGCCUGUGGGCAAUCCCCAACAGCGACAUCCCAGCGCAAGUCGCUGAUCUUUCCAGGAUGGAGGCAUACGAGAUGGCUCGUGAAGUCCCUUCACCUGCCUAAUCUGGCCGCCCCAAAAUGGUCUUCCGGUCCUGGGAAUUGCCUAUUGGAUCCCUGUCCAGCCUUUUGGGGCAUUGCUUCCUAUUCGGAGGAUUCGAGUGAGCCUAUGCCUCAUUUGCGAGACGGGACAAUGGCCGGUGCAUAG